ACAGCGAUUUGGUGUUCGACGACGGUACAGCCAGCAACGACUAUGGUUCACACGCUGAUCAUCGAAAGAGCAGCAGCAGUAGUGCACGGCACCACUCCAACACCUCUCGGCGUUUCGAGAACACAAAAUUUCACCAAGGAGCUUCCAGCAGCGACCACCAGAUCGUGGCACCUGUAGAGAGUCCUCUUGAAGACCCCGAAGAAGUGAAACCUGACAUGAGUGACGACAGUGACAGCAGUUUCUUCGGUACGCUCAGUGACUUGGGCAAGCGUGCCAAGAGAGACUGGUCCUUCAGUUGGUUCGGAGAGGAGAAGGAGCACGACUCAAAACACACCUCCUCUGCGACGGAGGGUAAAGGGUUGUUCGGUUUUAGUUCCGGAAACUUACUCGGAGACUGGUUUGGAGGUUCAGACGGAUCAGAUAAGAAAUCUGAUAGCCGUUCAGCGAAGGUGACAUCUGCUACAAAAUCGCCAAGUGAGACCGAACAGUCGACUGCGAGCCACCGAAACAGAAGAAGCGCGACUUCCGACAACCUCACUGAUGAGGGCGCUGAUGAGAGCACGACGGAACAGCUCGAGGUUGAGGAGAACGACGAAUCUGACCUGACAGUCGCCGCAGCACGCAGGCGCGGCCAGUUACAGCACCACGUUUCCGAUGACGAGGACUACUUCAGCGAGGCGGCGUCGGGAUCUGGCAUGGAUGGAAGGACAGUACCACCCCCAUCGGCUGUGCCUCCAGCGGACCGACAGCCAAGGUUCUACCGCAUUACCUUCACGAUCCUGGAGCCUUUCCGAGCUGAGUACUAUGACAGGAACAGCGAGGCUUUCCGGCAACUGUCACAGGACCUGUCCCAAGCUGUUAAUGAGCUGUACGAAAAUGUGUCCGGUCGGCAGUCAGCCACAGUGAUCCAAAUACAGCAAACUGAUGAGAAUUUCAGCAGUUUGGUCACACUGGACCUUGGUACAAUAGACAACUAUAAUGAAAAUCAGUUGAGAGAGCGUCUCUACACACAGAUUGCUGACUACCGCAGGCUUGGAGGAAUUUCAGCUUCAGAGAAAAACUUCAACUUCAGGUCAUUUGGAGGCCCCCCUCCCCCUCCAUGCCAGCCAAAUGAGACGGUAUGCCGCAGUGGUGAGUGCUUGCCACAAGAAACUCGCUGCGACGGAAAGAGAGACUGCAGAGAUGGCUCAGAUGAAUUUGGCUGUAUUCCCACAUCAACAUCCCCAGCUAGUACAGCGUUCCCAGGAGGACUCCCACCCACCAUCGACCGGUGUCGGGCCGAUGAUAAGGUCCGGUGUGCUGAUGGAACCGUGUCUAUCUGCAAUGUGCAGUUGUGUGACGGCGUACCGGACUGUCCCAGUGGAGAUGAUGAAGCCAAUUGUCCCCCGGAAUCGGAGUGUGGUGAAGGAGAGUUCAUUUGUGACAUGAUACGAUGUAUCUUGGGAUCAAAACGCUGUGAUGGACACCCAGACUGCUCCGAUGGUACAGAUGAGCAGGACUGCCCACCUCCACCCGUUGUGUGUGGGCCAGCAGAAUUCACGUGUGUGGAUGGCACCUGCAUAGAUAUAAGGAGGAAGUGUGACAGACAUGCAGAUUGUCAAGACUUCAGUGACGAAACAGACUGCGACCAUAUUGUGUGCCAGCCUGAUGAAUGGCAGUGUGACUAUGGAUCCUGCAUUGACCGGAGGCUGAGGUGUAACGGACGCCAAGACUGUCCCAGAGACAAUUCUGAUGAAAGGAACUGCCUUAGUAUUGCUGGAAAGUGUUCACAAUGGCAGUUUACUUGCGGGGACGGAGCUUGCAUUGAUGGCAGACUCCGCUGCGACACAUAUGUCAAUUGUCCCAACGAUGAUUCUGAUGAAAAAUUUUGUCCAUGUAAAGAGGAUGAGUUUACAUGUGCAAACAAGUACUGUAUCCCGAAGAGCAACAGGUGCGACGGUUUUAACAACUGCCAAGACGGCAGUGACGAGCAGAGCUGCCAGGAGUGUGAACACAACGAGUUUCAGUGUCGUGAUAAGACUUGUAUCAGUGUAGCCAGGAGAUGUGAUCGUCAUUACGACUGUCCAGAUGGCUCAGAUGAAGUGAACUGCAGGGAAGUAACUGCUUGUCGAGAAGACCAGUUCCGUUGCAAUGAUGGGGUGUGCUUGAAUAUUAACCAGAGGUGCAACUUCAUUCAGGAGUGUGUGACUGGAGAAGAUGAGAAAGGGUGCACGCGUUGUACCCCGUCUGAGUUCCGCUGUAAAGAUGGAAGCUGUGUGGAUCUCUCAGCACGUUGUAAUGAUCACAGGGACUGCAGUGACGGAAGCGAUGAGGAGGAUUGUGUUCUCUCACGAGCAUGCAAAUCUGCAUGUGUGGCUUCUUAUUGUAAUGCACGGAUGGGUUAUUCCCGUUGGCGAGUACACAAAUCUCAAGGUGGACGCAUGCUCAAUCUAAUUGUGGAGUUAAUUUGCCAGUGGUGCUGUCAAUAUGGGCUAACCAGCAUACAUUUUGAGUUUCGUUGUGAUGGACAUCCCAGCUGCAAGGAUCGCUGGCAUGAGGUGAACUGUACAGGAGCUUUGGUGGCACCUUGCCCAGCCUCUGACUUUACUUGUCUGGAUGGUUCGUGUGUGCCAUUGGCACGUCGGUGUGAUGGUAAAAGUGAUUGUCCCAAUGGUGCUGAUGAACAAAACUGUGGUGUUGAACCUAGACCACCUGCUUGUGGACCUGGGAAGUUCAGAUGUGAUGAUGGUGCCUGUAUUGACGAUGAUUAUCGCUGUGAUGAAGUUACAGAUUGCCGUGACGGUAGUGAUGAAAAGUACUGCGAUGGGCCACCUGCUGCCAAUGUUACUUGUGCUCCUGGUGAUAUUGUGUGCGGAGAUGGAUCUUGUGUUGACCCAAGGCAACGAUGUGACAAAUAUUUCGACUGCCCAGAUGGAACUGAUGAGAGAGACUGUGAAUUGUGUUCUGCUGCUGAGUUCCGAUGUGAAGAUGGACAGUGCAUCCCUGAGGAGAAGCGGUGUGACACAAGAACUGACUGUAGCGAUGGUUCAGAUGAACUUGAUUGCCACUCGUGCAGGCGAGACGAGUUUAGAUGCAACGAUGGAAUGUGUCUGGAGGCCAGCAAGGAGUGCAAUGGUUAUGCAGAGUGCAGGGAUGGGAGCGAUGAGGCAGACUGCGGCAAUGGGCGAUGUCUAAGCAACCAGUUCAGAUGUAAUGAUGGAGUGUGCAUAUCAGGGACAUUCAGGUGUGAUGGCUUCACUGACUGCCAAGACAACUCUGAUGAAGUUGGAUGCUCCCCAAGAUGUUCUAGCAAUGAAUUUGAAUGCAGCGACCAAUCUUGCAUCCCUCUCUCCAGGAAAUGCGAUGGAUCUGCUGACUGUCCAGACCGUUCUGAUGAAUUUGAUUGUCCACUACCAGCUCCAAGGACAUGUGGAUCAUUUGAAUUUACCUGUCAGGAUGGAAGCUGCAUAGAUUCACGUAGAGUCUGUGAUCGCCGACCAGACUGCAGAGAUGGAUCAGAUGAAGCUGAAUGUGGUUGCUUAUCCAGCGAAUUUCAGUGUGGAUCUGGUGAAUGUAUUAGCCUGUUAAGUCGUUGCAAUCGACGUAUUGACUGUCGCGACGGGAGUGAUGAAGAAGAUUGCCCGACAGCACGCCCUCCACCUCUUAUCACUACCCGACCUCCCAUUACCUGUCCCCCAGGUCAGUCACCAUGUCGCACUGCAGGACAGUGCAUACCUUCGUCAGCCAUCUGUGAUGGUCGGUUUGACUGCCAAGAUUUCUCAGAUGAGACCAAUUGUGAGGUUAAGAAGACGUGCUCAUAUGCAGAAUUCCGAUGUGAGAACGGCCCGUGCAUACCCCGUAGGAAACGUUGUGAUGGCAGGAUUGAUUGUCCUCUUGAUCCCAGCGAUGAAUUAGAUUGUUCACCAACUUCACCUGGUGGACUGAACUUGAAAACUUAUCCAGAAGAUCAAGUCAUAGAAGAAAUUUCAUCGGAUCGGGAGGUUGUGUUCCAGUGUCGAGACGAAGGGCCACUUAGAGCAAGAGUUAGGUGGCUACGAGGGAAUGGAUUGCCACUACCUCCAGGAUCAAGGGACAUUAAUGGACGGUUGGAAAUGCCUGAUAUACAGGUGGAACACUCUGGCACGUACAUCUGUGAGGCCAUUGGUGUCCCCCCAAAUAUUCCAAGAGCCCAGGUGUCUGUUCAUCUCACAGUGGAGCCAUCAAAACCACAACCAACUCGUCCACCCACAGCCUGCAGACUGCAUGAAGCAACAUGCUCAAAUGGGGAGUGUAUCAGCAAACAGGCAGUGUGUGAUGGGAAAUUUGAUUGUUCUGAUGGUUCUGAUGAAUUGAGAUGCAAUCCCCAUGGUUGUGAACCAAAUGAGUUCCGAUGUGACAAUAAGAAGUGCGUCCUCAAGACUUGGCGCUGCGACUCAGAGGAUGAUUGUGGUGAUGGGUCUGAUGAAAGUAGCUGUGCCACGAAUCCACCAGGUUCUCCAUGCCGUUAUCAUGAGUUCCAGUGUAGGUCAGGAAGGCAGUGUAUUCCACGAUCAUUCCACUGUGACUUGGGUGUUGACUGCUUAGAUGGCUCAGAUGAAGUUGGCUGCUCUCCUGUAUAUAUCCAGACACCACCACCACCCAUGGUGAUGGCGAACAUUGGUGAUGUACUGACCAUCAAGUGUACAGCAAUUGGUGUUCCAAUUCCAGAAGUUGUUUGGAGGUUGAACUGGGGCCAUAUACCCAGCAAGUGUUCUGUGACAAGUAUAGGGGGAGUUGGUACCUUGACAUGUCCCGACAUACAGGAAUCAGACCAAGGAGCCUACAGUUGUGAAGGCAUCAACAACAGGGGCUCUGUGAUUGCUGUUCCUGACACCAUCGUUGUUGUGAAGAGGCAGCCGUCUGUUUGCCGUGCAGGAUAUUUCAACAGUGAAGCACGGUCUCCUGCUGAGUGUAUUUCGUGUUUCUGCUUUGGUGUUACCACAGACUGCAGCAGUGCUGAUCUAUUUACUUACCAGCUGCCACCCCCAUUUGACCAGUACAGACUUGUUGGUGUGAAUGUGGAUCCCUCUACAGGAUCAGUGGAAAUUCGUUCAGAUCUGCCGUACCGAUCUCUGCCAGCUAUCCGUCCAAUAGAAAGAAAUGGAUUGCAUAUUCAAACAACAGAGAGACUCGCUGACAAUGUAUACCCAUACUUUGCGAUGCCAGAGAAUUACCAUGGGAACCAGCUCAAGUCUUAUGGAGGCUAUCUCAAAUACACUGUAAGGCAUGAAGGCCGAGGGAAUCCAAUUUCUGCACCUGAUGUCAUCCUGUCUGGCAAUGGAUAUAUCUUGGUGCACCCUGGUCGACCACCAGUAUCUGGGCGUAACAAUGAUUACUCAGUAAGGUUUUUCUACGGAGAGUGGUAUAAACGAGGAAGUGCGCGGCCAGGAGGGGAUAUCCCGGGGGAGCCAACUGAUACACUGGCAACAAGAGAGGAAAUCAUGAUGACACUUGGAAAUGUUGAUAACCUACUUAUCAGGGCCCAGUAUGAUGAUGGUCCCAUCUUGAAUACACAAAUCUUCAACAUCAACAUGGACUCUGCAGGCAUCCGCAACACAGGGCAAGGGAAAGCAGUGUUCGUGGAGGAGUGUCGCUGUCCUGCCGGGUACACUGGGCUCUCCUGUGAGGUAUGUGCACCUGGUUACAACCGGCAUCAGUUAGGACCCUGGCUGGGAUUGUGCAGCAAGGAUCGGGAGCCCUGCCGUCCUGGUACUUACGGAGAUCCGCCACGUGUCCCAUGUGAAGUAUGUCCCUGCCCCCUCACUAACCCUGGCAACCAGUUUGGCCGCACAUGUUUCUUGGACACAGAUGGGCAAGUAACAUGUGACUGUCCACAAGGCUAUGUAGGCAGGAGGUGUGAGCAAUGUGCAGUAGGUUACCAAGGCAACCCAUUCAUUCCAGGGGACUCAUGCAGACAAGGAUACUGUAAUGCGGCAGGCAGUGUGUCACCAGUACCUGACCCGGCCACUGGCCGAUGUAUUUGUAAGGACUACACCACUGGGCCAACAUGCAACCAAUGUAAGCCAAACAACUUCCACUUGGAUGCAAGCAAUCAAUUUGGCUGCAUCCAGUGCUUCUGCAGUGGAGUUACAGGGCAGUGCCUGAGCUCCAACUGGUACCGGCAGCAGGUCUCAGUACCAACCUUUACACGAGGCACACAGGGCUUCAAGUUGGUAGAGGCCCUCAGACCUAAGGAAGCCAUUACAGAUGGCCUCAGAGUUGACCCCAACACAAGGGAACUUGUUUUCCAAGACUUCUCACGGAACAGCCCAGGAGUGUACUAUUGGCUGCUUCCACCACAGUUCCUUGGUGAUAAAGUGACAUCUUAUGGUGGUUAUCUGAACUAUACAGUUCGGUAUGUUCCAACACCUGGUGGUCAGAGUUCAAGGAACAAUGCUCCUGAUGUGGAGCUGAUCAGCUCAAAUGACAUCCAGUUGCUGUAUUUUGGGAGAGACCAGAUAGAACCUAAUCGACCGCAGUCGAUCUCAGUGCCCAUAUUGGAGCAAUAUUGGCAACGCCACGAUGGCCAGAGUACGAACAGGGAGCACCUCAUCAUGGCAUUGGCUGAUGUGGAAGCUAUUCUCAUUAAAGCCACGUACACAACCAAUACACGGGAGGCUGCUCUCAUUCAGGUGUCUCUAGACAUUGCUGAAGAGCGUAACACUGGACAGGUGCGUGCUCUGGCAGUGGAGCAGUGUCAGUGUCCAGUAGGCCACCGCGGCUUGUCAUGUGAGGACUGUGAUGUUGGCUAUACUCGUUCUGAAGGUGGACUGUACUUAGGAACCUGUGAACCUUGCAAUUGCCAUGGACAUUCCAAUGAGUGUGAUCCAGAAACAGGAUUUUGCAUAAAUUGUGCAGACCACACAACUGGUGAUCAGUGCGACAUCUGUGAGUCUGGGUAUUCAGGAGAUGCCACACAGGGAACUCGGUCAGACUGUCUACCAUCCGGACCUCUUCCCCAGUGCAGGUGUGAUGACAGAGGCAGCAUUCGACCCGAUUGUCCGGAUGGUAACCAGUGCAUUUGCAAGACAAAUGUUCAAGGAAGGAACUGUGAUCGCUGUCGCCCUGGAACCUUUUCGUUGUCUGAGAAGCACAUUGAAGGCUGUUUGGAAUGUUUCUGUAGUGGAGUGACAGACACAUGUCAACAGGCAAACCUGUACCGAACUCAGAUCCCAAUGCAGGUGGUUGACUCGACUCAUGGCUUUACUUUAACAGACAGAAACCGAAAUGAAGUAAUUGAUGAAGGCUUAAAUGUGAACGAGAGAAGCAAUGAAAUUGGAUACGAGUUUCCACUGGGACGCAGUCAGAGUCUGUUCUGGUCACUGCCUCCAGCUUUUACUGGAAACAGGAUUACCUCGUAUGGUGGCAACCUGACAGUGACGCAGCUGUACAGAAACCAGCCUGCUGGUGCAAGCCCCUCUUCUGACACUGAUGUUAUCAUCUAUGGCAGUGGCAUCUCUGUUUACUGGACCAAUAUAAAUGAAGUUAUUUCUGAUCGAGCAGUGACUUUCUCUAUACCAUUGGUGGAGAAUGUAUGGCGUCGUUUGGACCAGGUAGCAGGACAGAAAGUGGCAUCUAGGGCUGAUCUGCUUACUGUCUUGUCUGACGUUGAAGCCAUCUUGGUUCGGGCCUCACUCAGCUCACAGACGAGGAGUACUUAUAUCAGUGAUGUCUCUCUGGACACUGCUGUCCCACAGUACACAGAACAGGGAUUGGUCACUGAAGUAGAGAACUGUCAUUGUCCCCCAGGCUACAGAGGGACUUCAUGUGAGUUGUGUUCCACGGGAUAUUAUCGAGACUUCAACGAUCGCUCUGCCAGUGUGCUUGGUGCAUGCACGAAGUGUCCUUGCAAUGCGAAGGAGGAGAGUUGCUCUCUCUCAUAUGAUGGUCGUGUCACUUGCAAGUGUCUGCCAGGAUACACAGGUCGAUACUGUGACAGUGUUGGUCUAGAAAUGAAGUUGUACCCAAAUCUAGUUAACCAGCCAGUUGGGUCGAAGGUUGACUUCAUAUGUAGCUACAACAGUAAAGAGGAAAUGACUAUUGAAUUCGAAGAAGUGUCCAGUGUUACAGUGCCACACAGGGGGCAUGUUAACCCCACUGUGUGGAGGUAUGACUGGGGUGCAGAAAGUCUGUACCAGCUGUGGAUCCGUGCCGACCACACAGGACUUACUUGCACUGUUUCCAACAAAGAAGGCGUUGCUAUUGGUACUCUGAAGGCCAUGAUUCAUCAUCCAGAUGGAGGGCCAACAACUACAUAUCCCCCUACUCGACCCCCACCUCCCCAACCAACCAUCAUCAUUUCUGUUUCGGAGCCAACUAUACAGAUUGUUGAUGUUGGCAGCACUGUUCGCUACAGAUGUUCUGGCCGAUCAAUCUUGGAGAUACCUGUUACACUACAGUGGAGCAAGGAAGGUGGAGAUCUACCAAGAGACAGAGCCUUUGAUGACCGACAAGGACUUCUGGUCAUCACAGAUGUUCACGUCUCUGACUCAGGGAUAUACAUCUGCUCUGCUUCAGAUGGCCAAUCUGUUGUUACUCAAAGAGUUGAGCUGGCAGUCGGAGGCUCCCACCAGACUGCACCUCAGGUUACAAUUCUUCCUCGAUAUUUGGAAGUGAGAGAAGGAAGUCCAGUUGAGUUCCGUUGUGAAGCAACUGGCAACCCAGCACCAACACUUCAGUGGACUAUUGGUGACAGUAAGCAACUCAAUCCUGAAGCAUCUUUUUCAAAUGGGGUUUUCCGCAUCCCUGCAGUUCACAAGUCUGAUGAAGCGGUUUAUGAGUGUAUAGCCACCAAUCCUGCAGGAUCUGACACACAGCGCACAGUUCUGUAUGUUACAGAAGGCACAUCUCCUGGUUCCAAUAUAAAGCUGACUGUCGAACCCCCAGAAUACACAGGACCUGGAGGAGGAACAGUCCGACUCAGUUGUCUGGUUGGGGAGGAUCGUGGAUUGUACAUCAUCCGCUGGUCCCGAGCUAAUGGACGGGAACUUCCACCUGACUCAGUGCAGAGUGACGGGGUUCUCACCAUCUUCAAUGUUUCUCCAGCUGACUCUGAUGUUUAUGUGUGCACAGCGACCUUGAGGAGUACGGGGGCAGUAGCAGAGAUUCAGGCCAGGGUGACUAUUGUCUCCAACCAGGCGCCUCCAACAGUGCGAAUAGAACCAGAAACACAGACAAUAUCACAAGGAGCAAUAGGAGAGCUGAGGUGUACUGCCACAGGGGAUCCUGCACCAACCAUUAGAUGGAGCAAAUUGAAUGAGGAGCUUGGGAGCAACAUUCAGGCAAUAGGGCCAGUGCUGAGGAUUAUCAAUGCUUUGGUACGUGACAGAGGAGUGUACAUAUGCACUGCAGAAAAUGCUGGUGGGAGCUCUGUGACAUCAGCUGUUAUAGAAGUAGAACGCCGAGAACCACCUGCUGUGGAGCUGUACCCCGAGGCUACACAGACCGUUAUUACUGGUGGAAGUGUUCUACUGCAGUGUCGAGUCACCGGAGGAAUCCCCUCACCUCGCGUACGAUGGACCCGUACUGAUGGACGUCCCUUGUCAUCAACCAUUGAAGAACUGCCAGGUGGAGUGCUCAGAUUUAACCGUGUAACUCAAGCAGAAGCAGGCCAGUAUAUUUGCCAUGCAGAGAGUGAGGCAGGGUCAACGACUGCUGUGGCAACUUUGGUUGUGCAAUCUAUGCCAAGGAUCACCAUAUCUCCAUCCACAGAUGUCCAGGUUGUUGUUGGGCAGAGAGUGAAGCUUGAAUGUCGGGCGACUGGAGACCCAGAGCCAACAGUGGAAUGGUCGAAACAUAGAUCUGGCUUUGCUUUCUAUGACACAGAGCCUGUAACCAGUGCCAUGCCACAGACAGCUGUGUAUGAGAUUACUCGUGUGACCAAGGCAGAUGAAGGUUCAUACAGUUGUUUGGCUCGCAAUGCAGCUGGCACUACUGAAGAGAGGUUGCAUCUUACAGUAGAGGAGAAUGAAGUCAUUCCUGGUCGAGGAGACAUUCCAGGCGAACAUGAUGGGAGAUCAGAACCUCCCCAUUCUGGAAGCAAUAUCUACCCCACAUACCCACCUGGGAGAAAUGACAGCAGUGUUGUGCUUCCGGACGAUGAGUUCAUAGUCCCAGUCAAUGGCCGAGCAGAGAUGAGGUGCAUAGUGAAAGGAAACAGAGAUCGAAUCUUCUUAAAUUGGAUUCGUUCUGACAACUCUCUGAUGCCACAGAACCACCAGAUCCAUGAAGGUGUGCUUUACAUCAACAACGUCCAGCCUUCAGAUGCAGGAGAAUACUCUUGUCUUGGUAUUGGACCAACUGGCACUGUGCUCUUUACUGCCACGGCCCGUCUCGUAGUCAUUGCUCCACCACGAAUACAGCUAAACCCAACACGACAGGUGGUUCGACCUGGUGAUGAUGCCUUCAUCCAUUGUACUGCAUCUGGUGAUCAGCCUAUUAACAUCCAGUGGAGUGCUCUAGGUCGAGACCUGCCACCAUCUGUGUCUAUAUCACAAGAACCUUGCAGUACGAAUUGAUGCUAGUCAGGAUGUAAUUCGUGUUGGUGACACUGUUGAUAUCCGAUGCUCAGCAUCAGGAGAUACUCCUGUCACAUUCUCAUGGAGCAAAGUGGGGGAAAGGCUGGAAAACAAUGUUCAGCUUGCUGGAAACUUGUUGAGAGUGACUGAAGUGAGGCCAGCCAAUGGUGGUGUGUACCGGUGUACUGCUCGAACAAGCACAGGCUCAUAUGAUGAAGACUAUGUGCUUGCAAUACAAGUGUGCACUAAUUUGACCCGGCUGUGAUACAGUGCAUAAAUUGCAAUAUAAAAUUG